AUGACAAAAAAUAUCAACCAAAACUUUUCAGUAGAGUCAAUGAUUAAAAAUGGAGAGAUUGAAUUAUUAAAAAAUAAAGUUAAUAAUGGUGAUUAUUUAUUUUUUAAAGAAACUCAAAAUAUAUAUUCAAUUUUUAAUCAAAGAGACGAGUUUGAUUAUGAAUUCUAUAAGAAUUUAUUUAAAAACUAUCCAAACGAUUUUUUAUUUUCCAAAGAUUCAACAGCUGAAAAUAAAAUUUUAACAUUUGAAAAUGUAAUUGCAUUAAAAGUUUUAAUUAAUGAAUUUAAUUAUCAACCAACACCAAGCUAUUUAAUUGAUUCAAUUAAAAAUUCAAAAUUCAAAAUUUCAGAUUAUUUAAAUGAAAAUCAUAAAUCAAUUACCACUGAUUUAGUUAAAUUCUUUAACGAAGAUGGUAAAGCAAGUAAAAUCAUCACAACUGAUUUAAAUUCAAUUUCAAUUGUACCAAUAUUAAUCAGUCAUAGAAAUUUAUUUAAAAUUUCAUUAUCAACAUUAUUUACAACUUGUUGUAAAAUUGUUGAAUUUUCAAAUCAAUUGAAUGGUUUCAUAAACUUUAUGAAUGAUUUAUCAAAUGGUACAAAUAAAACCAUUGAAGAUAAACAAGAGUUAAACUUUGAUGUUGUUUCACUUUUAAAAUAUUAUAAUUAUUUAACAUCAUUAGAGAAACCAUUUAAAUUAUUAUCAAAAGAAGAGUUGAGUGAAAUGAACUUUACCGAUCAGGAAUUAAAACAAUUGGUUGGUUCUUUUAGUAUAAAUGAUGAAAGAGUUGAAAAUUUAAUUAGAAUGAUUUUACCAUUUUCAGGUCAAUAUGGAUAUAGUGAGAAUUUUACCUCUUAUCAAUAUAAAUAUUCAAAAAUCAAAUUAGAAUCUGAACAUGUAAAUUUAGAUAUUGAUCCAUUGGAAUUUGGUGUAUUAGAUUUUAAUCUUGUUAAAAAUAGAAAACCAAAUAAUCAAAUUUUUAAUUUUAUUAAAUCUGAUAAAGAUAGACAAAUUUCAUUUAUUAAUUUAUUAAUUGAAAAAUUAAAUCAACCAUCAAGUAAUUUAACCACUUUAUCAGUUGAUGAAUUAUCUAAAAAAUCAAAUGAAAUUAAACUUAGAAAAACAUUAUCACCAGAUACAUUUUUCAAUUUAAUGGUCGAUUAUGAUAAUUUAGAUUAUCUUAAAAUGGUUCAUCAAGGAUUAUUUGUAAAUGGUAAAAAUCAAAUUCCAAUCGAUUUUAUUGAUUAUGUAAAAUCAAAUGAAAUAUUUGAAUACAUUUUACAAUUCAUCGAUAUUGAAUAUUUAAAGAAAACAACACCUUUACAUAAUAUUAUCAAAAGAUUGGUAAAAACUGGAAGAAUUGAAUUACUUGAAAAUUUUAAAUCAAAUCAUAGAGAAUUGUAUGAUGAAUGCUUUAAACAUUUAGUAUUUAAAACAAAUGAUGAUGAAACUUAUUAUGGAGAAUUCUUAGAAUAUCAAUUUGGCUCACAAACAAUUGAAAAGAUGAAACCAAUGAAUUAUUAUCAUCAUACAACUACAUUAAAAGGUUUUAAAUAUUUAUAUUCAAACUAUACCGAAUUUCAAUCAUGUUUUUUCAAUAAUUAUAAACAAUGGGGAAUCAUGGACCUUUAUGGAAUUGAUGAUUUGAAAUACUUAAUUAAUGAAACUCCAUUAGUCAAGAUCGAUGUUAACCAUUGGGAUAAAACUAUGGGAAUUGAAGAUGAAAAUGUUUUAUUGGAAUUUGUAAUGAACCAUAACUCAAUGGUAGAAAAAUCCAAUGAUCCACAAUUGAAGAAAUUCAUUUUAACCAAUCAACAAAGAAUGAGAUUUUCAACAUUUAACCAAUCAAUUCAAGAAGCACUUCCAAUUGGUGCGCCAAUUGAAUCGGUUUCAAUCUCUUUUAUUUUGAAUAGAGUUUUAAAUGAUGUAGAUCAAUUAGAAUAUUUAAUGUCAAAUUAUUUCAAAGAUAAAUCUCAAAAUGUUGAAAAACAAUUCUAUUUAAGUCAACUAUUUACAAAUGUAAUUUGUUCUGGUAAAUUACAUAUAUUCAAAUAUUUAAAACAAAAUUAUCCUUGGGUAUUCAAUAUUAGUGAAACCGAUUCUUCAAAAAAUGAACCUUCAAUUAUAUCCUCUAAUUUGCAAUUAUCUCAGAUGUAUAAAUUUAUUAUAAACACAGGUAGUAUCGAUAUGUUUUUAUUCUUUACUCAAGAUUUAUUGUUACCAUUUGACAAAAAUAUUAAUUUCGAGGAGAAUUCAAACAAUGUCUCACUUUUAAAAUUUAUUAAAAAGAAUCAAAUUAUGUAUUAA